CUCUGGGGCUCCUUGGAGCAGUAACAAGUUAUGGAAUAUCCACAUUUUCAGGCGGGUCAACAUUUGUAAUAGUUUUGUGGGUUUAUUGCAUACAGUAUUUCUCUUGAGUGGAAGCGCUCCCGGGACAGGAGAGUUUUGUGGUGUGUAACUACUUUCCUUUCCUUUUUUUUCUCUCCCCUCAUUGGAUUUUGGGGCACUCGUGCGAUGUCACGGACUAUUAAAAAAAGGAGAAAGACAUGUUUGUGAAUAGCGUUUGUGGUUAGCGUGUAAAAGUGAUUUGGGGUUUAUUUUUUAAACCAGUUGAGCAACAGCGACAGGACUAUAAUCAAUGUGGUGUCAGCUGGAAGGACGCGGGGUCCGGAUCUCACCUAAACGCUGAUACGUCUUGGGAGUGAUGCACUGGCUUCCCCUGGUUGCCAUGGUGAUUGCCUCGGCCCUGCCCUUCCCUCACAACCCCGUGUCCAAGAUUGCUACUGCGACCGCCGAGCCUGGCUUCGACAAACGCAGAGAGCACCGGCAUGACCCAGCCGCUCGCCUCGCAGCUGCCCCCGCGGACUACAGCUUCAAUGGAAGUGCCUCGCAGACGGACUACAACAUGACUGCUGCGCUCAGUCAACACAGCAACAGACAAAACCUCCAGAGCCGUAAGGAUUAUGUAAAACCUAUACGCGAAGAGACAUUCAAGGUGGAGAGUCGAGGAACCCACCAAUCAAACAGCAACUCAGGCAGCAGUGACAGAAGCAGCUUAGAUGUUCCCACAGAACAAGUUACACUCAGGGCCGAGGAUGUUUCCCAGGAUAGUUCUGUUCCCAAGGAUUACAAACCUGGCAGCACCAGCAGGUAUGAAUACGCAGGCUUUGUGGACUUUUCCAAGAAAGACAAUCUUCGGGACGCUACUGAUAGGCCAUUGCAGGUUUCUGCAUUGGAAAACCAUGUGAGUCCUGCUACAACACAUAAGGGUCAAACAGGACCAAAACUGACUACAACUUCAGAUCAGUUCAGAGAUACACAAAAAAUCGGGACAGCGAGCCAGAGGACCGUGGGAACUGGAAGAGGUUUUCCUGAAGAGAGUCUGACAAUGGAGGGUGGUCUGGGUCUGGGAGGGCUGGAUAACAUCUUAAAGGGAGACGAGUUGUUUCUCGAUGCUCAUCCUCGGGUCUUGUUCUCAUCCUCUCCAUCACCUCCGGAAGACCCACCUCUUUUGCUCAUGUUAGAGACUGGCAUGCUGGAGGAGGACGGGGAUGGGGAGGAGCAGGAGGACAUGGACGAGCGCAUCGAGGGUCACGGCGACCGCGCACUCGACAGGAGUACGACUUUGUCUUGGGCAGACUCUUCUAGAUUAACCCGCGAGGAUGUCCAUCCUGUUAAAAGGGAUAAACGCUCACAUUUGACUGACAGAUCAAAGGAGGGUAUUAGGUCAAGGGAACAGUCGGUGUGCGAGGCAAUAAGUGUGUGGGUUAACAAGACAGAAGCCACUGACUUCAAAGGAGAGAAUGUCAGUGUCUUACAGGAAAUCCAGACUCAGAGAGGACCUCUACAACAGUACUUCUAUGAAACUAACUGCCACCAUCCCAACAACGGGAUCCAGUCAAAGGGUGCUGUUGCAUCAGCGAAAUCUCUCAAACCUCGAGGGAUAGGUGUGGCUGGGGGCAGCUGCUUGGGAGUGGAUAAAAAACAGUGGAACAGUGAGUGUAGAGUCAAGCAGUCGUACGUGCGAGCACUCACCAAAGAUAAUAGAAACAGAAUCGGAUGGAGGUGGAUUCGAAUCAACUCGUCCUGCGUCUGUGUGCUGCUGUCCAGAGCAAAUCAGGCAACCGGGAGGGAGGUUUUGACAAGAAGGGGGAGGGGGAGGGCUUAA